AUGGAUAGCACUAGCCCAUUGCCUGAUUGUGUCUGGAUAGAGGAUUCAAAGGGUGGGAUGUUCAAGCAAGCUGUUACUUAUGACUGGUUGCCACAAUAUUGUAAAGUUUGCUGUACUGCAGGCCAUGAUUGUACUAAAAAGACUAAACCACCAGUACCAAAACCUGUAGCCAAAAAGGUGUGGGUUCCUAAAGCUGUCCAACAAGCUCAUCCAAUGUCAGAACAACAGGAGCAACCUAAUGCUGUGCACACUCCUGAGAUGCCUGUUAACAAUGUAUCUGAUCCUACUCCAUGGAAAAUUCUGGAAUGUGAGGGACUUAAUGAUCCUAUUAAGGUCCCAGAGGUAAAACACCUUAUUCAUACCCAUAAUAUUCAUGUUGUUGCUUUGCUAGAAACUAGAGUUAAGGAAAGCAAUUUCUCUAGAGUAGUCAUAAGUUUGGGAGAAAUUGGAAAUGGGAAAAUAAUUACACUGCAAACCCCAGAGGUGCAUGAACAAUUUAUUCACUGUGAAAUUAGGGAUAGGUAUGGAGUGGUGGAAUUGUAUGUUACUCUGGUGUAUGGUCUUCACUCCAUUGACACUAGGAAGAAUUUGUGGAACUCUCUUACUACUCUUGCCUCAAGUAAUCAUGGUACUCCUGUUUCAGCAACAGAAACCAAGGAUUUUGAUGAGUUUAUUACAAGUAAUGGGCUGUGUCCGGUAAAGAGUGUAGGACAUUAUUUCUCUUGGCACAAAGGCACUGGUGAAGGUAAAAUUGCUAGCAGGAUUGAUUGGUGUUUGGGAAAUGAUGAAUGGAUUCAUAAAUUCAGUAAUGUCCAGGUUGAAUACCUAAACCCUUCCAUCUCUGACCACUCCCCUUUACUGAUAAACUGUCUGCCAGACAAUGUGGAGGGAGGUAGACCUUUCAGAUUUCUCAAUUAUUUGGCUGAUCAUAGUAGUUUUUCUGCUAUUAUUCAGGCAGCUUUUACUGAAUCAAGGCUGAACUCAAGAAGUUACAUAGAGAAGACUUCUCCUGGUAUUACUGAGAAGAUUACCAUUGCUAGAAGUGAGCUUGAUAAGGUUCAACAGAGUUUGCAAACUGGUAGAUCUCCUUCUCUUCUCAACCAAGAGGUGGUUUGCAUUAAACAGCUUAGGCAUUGGCUGAGAAUUGAUGAGAUAGCAUUGAGACAAAAAUCUAGGAUCCAAUGGCUAAAACUAGGUGAUUCUAACAACCACUUUUUCUUUUCCACUGUGAAAGAAAGAGUUAGAUUCAAUAGCAUUGCCAUCCUAUAUGAUGAUAAUGGCACUAAAUUGGUUGAUCCUGAUCUAAUUCAAACAGAAAUUCUGAGUUUCUACAAAAAGCUGCUUGGCACUUCUGCAAACACUCUUCCCUCUAUUCACAUUCCAACAGUGAGAAAUGGCUCUAGGCUAAAUAAUGAUGCUAGACAGGAUCUGUGCAGGGAUGUUACUGAUGAUGAGAUUGAUUUGGCAUUACAUGGGAUUGGCAAUGAUAAGGCUCCUGGUCCAGAUGGUUUAAAUGCAGUCUUUUCAAAAAGGCUUGGCCUGUCAUCAAACAGGAUAUUUAUAGAGCAGUGA